AGCUGACAAAGCAAUUAAGAGGGGAAAAUAUGUAAAAAACAGAUAGCCUUUGACCAUAGAUUUAAAACUUCAUUGCACUUGACCUGCUUUGUUUUGACACUCAGGUGUAAAAAAGCUUCUUUUCUGCGCUUCCAAACCACGUGGAAAAGCCACUGCAGUCAGUAUUAAAGUUCCCCUGGUUGUGCCCUGGCUGAAUUGUAAGUGGAAAAGCAGGAAAAUCCGUGGAAUUUGGUAGUUAAUUGCAAAGGGAUGAUCACAAUAUUUUGCAUGCUUUAUCUGAUGCAAUAAUGAUUGAUUGACGCAACAAAGGGGCCCCGCGAAAGUACAAAGUACUCAUGUUUGCUAUACGAUGCCUCAUUUCGCAAUUGCAUCUCGUCCAGAGAAGUCAUUCCGGGAAAUUGUUAAUCAAUCAGUGCUCAAUCAUGAGGGAAUUAAUGAAGAGUGUCUCUGUUGAGAAGAAGCUACUAAUUCACAGCAAUAGCUUCAGUAGGAUGGCCAAAUUGAUCAAUGGAAAGCAAAUUGCCAAGCAGAUUCGUGAGGAAUUACGGCAGCAGGUGGAGGAGUGGAUGAAUGAGGGUCACAGGCAACCACAGCUGACGGCGAUUCUUAUCGGGGAAGAUCCCGCGAGUCAGACGUAUGUGAAAAACAAAAUGAAGGCUGCUGCUGAGGUGGGCAUCAGCAGCACCACAAUGAAUCUUUCGGAGACAAUUUCGGAGGCAGAACUGCUGGAUGUGAUUGAGAAGCUAAAUGCAGAUGAUCAAGUUGAUGGAAUUCUAGUGCAGCUACCACUACCGAGUCACAUUCACGAGCGUACAAUUUGCAAUGCAGUGAGCUGCGAUAAGGACGUCGAUGGGUUCAAUGAGAAGAAUGUGGGGCGUUUGUGUUUGGACAUGAACACCCUGAUCCCGUGUACGCCACUUGGAGUGCAGGAGCUGCUCAAGCGUACGGGUAUUGAGACCUUUGGACGGAAUGCCGUGGUUGUGGGACGCAGUAAGAAUGUGGGGAUGCCCAUUUCGAUGCUUCUGCACGCUGAUGGGCGCAAUGAUACCGAAGCAAUGGAUGCCACGGUAACCAUUUGCCACAGAUUCACUCCACCAGAGGAAUUGGCGCGCUUCUGCAGAUCUGCGGAUAUUAUUGUUAGUGCAACUGGGGUACCGGGACUCAUUCGGGCGGAUAUGGUGAAGCCAGGUGCUUGCAUCAUUGACGUGGGUAUCACGAGGAUUAAGGAUGAGAUCACAGGGAAGACUCGCCUGGUGGGAGAUGUGGAUUUUGAGGAAGUGCAGAAGGUUGCUGGACACAUUACACCCGUUCCCGGUGGUGUGGGACCCAUGACUGUUGCCAUGCUAAUGAAGAAUACCAUCAUUGCGGCCAAGAAUCUCCAGAUGAAGCGACAAUCGACCAAAUAGCAUUUACUUUACAUGAGUAUUUUUUUUAUCAAAAACUUUCAACAAUAAUUCCCAUCGAUUGUAUCCAUGGACAAAUUAGAUUGGUCACCUAUUUUGGUAGACCAACUAAUAAAGAUAAAAUAAAAACUAAUUAAUAAAGUUAUAAA